AAAAGAGACAAAACGUUAAAGAAAGAAAUGAAUGAAUGAACCAAAAACUCUAGGGAAAAUCAAUUUAUCUUUCCAAUUUAGACAUCUUGAGACAGCCUAGCCUAGUGCUACCCUAUACAAUUUUCUGUGAUAAUGACAGUGUUCUAUGAUGUCCAGUCCCAUAGCCAGUGGCUAAAAGUGGCCAUUGAGCACUUGAAAUUUGGCCUUUGCAACUGAAAAAACUAAAUUUUUGAUUUUAUUAAAUUUAAUUUUGAUAACCAUCCUAUUAGAUAAUGCAGAUCUAUCCCAUUCUCACAAGUAUGUGUUUAAAGAACUCAAUUUGCCUUUUCUUAAAGAUCUAUAUAAAUAAUUAACCCAUUAUAUAUAUGUAGUAGCCCUUUUUUAAUGUAAUUUUAACCUGUUUAUUUUUAAUCUUCUCUCCCUAAAGAGGAAAGUCCGUACUGCAGCUUUGAAGAAGAUUUCCCAUGCUGUCAACAUAAUGUUGCCUUCCUGGCUAUCAUUCUCUCAUCGGAUCCUCAAUUUAGGUCAUUUCUACUUCAUAUGAUCAUUUUAAUUGUAUUUACCUCAUCUUACCAAAAAGAUCAUGUCAACCAAAACACCAGUCCUCACCCUUUUCCUCAGCCACAUGCAAGACUCAUGUUCAUUAAAGUCAAGGCUUAACAAGGCUUGCAACAUCGAUCAGAUGGGCUGCAGUUUAUGAGAAAGUGUCAGCCAGACCCUUCCACUGGAGAAAACAUGUUGAAUCUUGCCUACUCACGUUUAGGGCCUUUUUGGUGGAUUGCUUUAACAAAGAUGGAUCUGUCAGACCUUGGAGAAGCCGCAGCCUUCCUCAGAAGAAGUGAAGCUGAGCUGCUUCUACUACAGGCCACAGCCUUGGAUGGGAAGAAGAAAUGCUGGAUUCCUGAUGGUGAGAAUGCUUAUAUCGAGGCUGAGGUAAAAGGGAGUGAAGAUGAUGGAACAGUAAUUGUUGAGACAGCAGAUGGAAAGAGUCUGAGCAUAAAGGAGGACAAAAUCCAGCAGAUGAAUCCUCCAGAGUUUGAAAUGAUUGAAGACAUGGCAAUGCUGACUCACCUCAAUGAGGCAUCCGUGCUGCAUACCCUGAAGCGGCGCUAUGGCCAGUGGAUGAUCUAUACAUAUUCAGGUCUCUUCUGUGUGACCAUAAACCCUUACAAAUGGCUUCCCGUAUAUCAGAAAGAAGUCGUGGCCGCCUACAAAGGGAAGAGGCGAUCAGAGGCUCCCCCUCACAUCUUUGCUGUUGCCAAUAACGCCUUUCAGGACAUGCUUCACAAUCGAGAAAAUCAGUCUAUACUCUUCACAGGAGAAUCUGGUGCUGGAAAGACUGUGAACAGCAAACAUAUUAUCCAGUAUUUUGCCACCAUAGCAGCCAUGAGUGAAUCCAGGAAAAAGCCGGUGGCGUUAGAAGAUCAAAUCAUGCAAGCGAAUACUAUCUUGGAAGCAUUUGGAAAUGCUAAAACCCUGAGAAAUGACAACUCCUCUCGUUUUGGCAAAUUCAUCAGGAUGCACUUUGGUGCCAGAGGCAUGCUGUCAUCUGUGGACAUUGAUAUCUAUUUGCUUGAAAAGUCCAGGGUGAUUUUCCAGCAGGCUGGAGAGAGGAACUACCACAUAUUCUAUCAAAUUCUAUCUGGACAAAAAGAGCUUCAUGACAUGCUCCUGGUAUCUGCAGAUCCCUCAGACUUCCACUUUUGCUCCUGUGGAGCAGUUACUGUGGAGAGCUUGGAUGAUGCUGAAGAAUUGCUGGCCACAGAACAAGCCAUGGACAUCUUGGGCUUUCUUCCUGAUGAGAAGUAUGGAUGCUAUAAACUCACUGGAGCCAUCAUGCACUUUGGAAACAUGAAAUUUAAACAGAAAGCUAGAGAAGAGCAACUGGAAGCAGAUGGUACAGAAAAUGCUGACAAAGCUGCUUUCCUCAUGGGCAUUAACUCCUCUGAGUUGGUAAAGUGCUUGAUCCAUCCUAGAAUCAAAGUUGGUAAUGAAUAUGUUACCAGAGGUCAAACUAUAGAACAGGUAACCUGUGCUGUCGGUGCCCUGUCCAAGUCAAUGUAUGAAAGGAUGUUUAAGUGGCUAGUGGCACGGAUCAACAGGGCCCUGGAUGCCAAGCUGUCAAGGCAGUUCUUCAUUGGCAUUCUUGACAUCACUGGUUUUGAAAUCCUUGAGUAUAAUAGCCUUGAGCAACUUUGCAUUAAUUUUACCAAUGAAAAAUUACAACAAUUCUUCAAUCGGCACAUGUUUGUUCUGGAGCAAGAGGAAUAUAAGAAAGAAAGCAUUGAAUGGGUGUCUAUUGGCUUUGGUCUGGAUUUGCAAGCUUGCAUAGAUCUCAUUGAGAAGCCAAUGGGCAUCCUUUCCAUCCUUGAAGAAGAGUGUAUGUUUCCUAAGGCUACAGACCUGACUUUCAAGACCAAACUCUUUGACAACCAUUUUGGAAAGUCAGUUCAUCUCCAGAAGCCCAAGCCUGAUAAGAAGAAAUUUGAAGCUCAUUUUGAACUUGUCCAUUAUGCAGGAGUGGUACCUUAUAAUAUCAGUGGUUGGCUGGAAAAGAACAAAGACCUCCUUAAUGAAACAGUGGUAGCUGUAUUUCAGAAGUCUUCCAACAGACUCCUGGCGAGCCUUUUUGAAAAUUACAUGAGUACUGACAGUGCUAUACCAUUUGGGGAGAAGAAACGAAAGAAAGGAGCUUCAUUCCAAACGGUUGCAUCUCUGCAUAAAGAAAACCUGAAUAAAUUGAUGACUAAUCUGAAAUCAACAGCACCUCAUUUUGUGAGAUGCAUAAAUCCCAAUGUGAACAAAAUACCAGGUAUACUGGACCCUUACUUGGUUCUACAGCAGUUGCGCUGUAAUGGUGUCUUGGAAGGGAUUAGGAUAUGCCAUGAAGGUUUUCCAAACCGACUGCAGUAUGCUGAUUUUAAACAAAGGUACUGCAUUCUGAAUCCAAGGACCUUUCCAAAGAGCAAGUUUGUGAGCAGCAGAAAAGCAGCUGAAGAAUUACUUAGCUCCUUGGAGAUAGACCAUACCCAGUACCGAUUUGGAAUCACUAAGGUGUUUUUUAAAGCUGGGUUUCUGGGCCAACUGGAAGCAAUAAGAGAUGAGAGACUAUCUAAAGUCUUCACAUUGUUCCAAGCCAGAGCACAGGGCAAACUGAUGCGAAUCAAAUUCCAGAAGAUUCUGGAAGAAAGGGAUGCACUUAUUUUGAUCCAAUGGAACAUAAGAGCUUUCAUGGCUGUGAAGAACUGGCCCUGGAUGAGGCUCUUCUUCAAGAUCAAGCCUCUUGUUAAAUCUUCAGAAGUAGGAGAAGAAAUAGCUGGACUGAAGGAAGAGUGUGCACAAUUACAGAAAGCCUUGGAGAAAUCAGAGUUUCAGAGGGAGGAACUGAAAGCAAAGCAAGUAUCCCUCACUCAGGAAAAAAAUGACCUGAUUCUUCAGCUUCAGGCUGAGCAAGAGACACUGGCAAAUGUUGAAGAGCAGUGCGAGUGGCUGAUUAAAUCCAAGAUCCAGCUGGAGGCCAGAGUAAAGGAGCUGUCGGAGAGGGUGGAGGAAGAAGAGGAGAUAAAUUCUGAGCUGACUGCCAGGGGGCGGAAACUCGAAGAUGAAUGUUUUGAGUUGAAGAAAGAAAUCGAUGACCUGGAAACAAUGUUGGUGAAGUCAGAGAAGGAGAAGCGUACUACAGAGCACAAGGUCAAGAACUUGACUGAGGAAAUAGAGUUUCUAAAUGAGGAUAUCAGCAAACUUAACAGAGCAGCCAAGGUUGUGCAGGAGGCCCAUCAGCAGACCCUGGAUGACCUGCACAUGGAGGAGGAGAAGCUCAGCAGCCUGAGCAAAGCAAAUCUGAAGCUGGAACAGCAAGUUGAUGAGCUUGAGGGUGCCCUUGAGCAGGAGAGAAAAGCGAGAAUGAACUGUGAAAGGGAACUGCACAAACUGGAGGGCAAUUUAAAGCUGAAUCGGGAAAGUAUGGAGAACCUGGAAAGCAGCCAGCGACACCUGGCAGAAGAGCUGAGGAAGAAAGAAUUAGAAAUGAGUCAGAUGAAUUCAAAAGUGGAGAAUGAGAAAGGCCUGGUAGCUCAGCUUCAGAAGACGGUUAAAGAGCUUCAGACUCAAAUAAAGGAUUUGAAAGAGAAACUAGAAGCUGAAAGGACCACUCAAGCCAAGAUGGAAAGGGAGAGAGCUGACCUCACCCAAGACCUGGCUGACUUGAAUGAGAGGCUGGAGGAGGUAGGAGGAUCCAGUUUGGCUCAGCUGGAAAUAACUAAGAAACAGGAAACCAAAUUCCAGAAGCUGCGCCGAGACAUGGAAGAGGCCACUCUGCACUUUGAGGCAACUUCUGCAUCUUUGAAGAAGAGACAUGCAGACAGCCUGGCUGAGCUCGAGGGCCAGGUAGAAAAUCUACAGCAGGUCAAGCAGAAACUGGAAAAAGACAAGAGUGACUUGCAGCUAGAAGUAGAUGACCUCCUGACCCGUGUUGAGCAGAUGACAAGAGCUAAGGCAAAUGCUGAGAAACUCUCUACUCUAUAUGAAGAGCGCUUGCAUGAAGCAACUGCAAAGCUAGAUAAGGUGACUCAGUUGGCAAAUGACCUGGCAGCACAAAAGACAAAGCUGUGGAGUGAGAGUGGCGAGUUCCUACGGAGGCUUGAAGAGAAGGAGGCUCUGAUAAACCAACUUUCCAGGGAAAAGAGCAACUUCACUCGGCAGAUUGAAGACCUGAGAGGGCAGCUGGAAAAGGAGACCAAAUCCCAGAGUGCCCUGGCCCAUGCCCUGCAGAAGGCUCAGCGUGACUGUGACCUUCUACGAGAACAGUAUGAGGAAGAACAAGAGGUUAAGGCUGAGCUGCACCGGACCUUAUCCAAAGUCAAUGCUGAAAUGGUGCAAUGGAGAAUGAAGUAUGAAAACAAUGUCAUCCAGAGAACAGAAGACUUGGAGGAUGCCAAGAAGGAACUGGCAAUUAGAUUGCAGGAGGCAGCCGAAGCCAUGGGGGUGGCCAAUGCCAGAAAUGCCUCCUUGGAGAGAGCCAGGCACCAGCUGCAACUGGAGCUCGGGGACGCCCUGUCUGACCUCGGGAAGGUCCGCUCUGCAGCAGCCAGGCUGGACCAGAAGCAGCUGCAGUCUGGCAAGGCCCUUGCCGACUGGAAGCAGAAGCAUGAGGAGUCCCAGGCGUUGCUGGAUGCCUCUCAGAAGGAAAUUCAGGCUCUCAGUACAGAGCUCCUCAAGCUCAAGAACACCUAUGAGGAGAGCAUCGUGGGCCAGGAGACACUCAGGAGGGAGAACAAGAACCUCCAAGAAGAGAUUUCUAAUCUGACAAACCAGGUUAGAGAAGGGACCAAGAACUUAACUGAAAUGGAAAAGGUCAAGAAACUAAUUGAAGAAGAGAAGACAGAAGUCCAGGUGACACUGGAAGAAACAGAGGGAGCCCUGGAACGUAAUGAAAGCAAGAUUCUUCGUUUCCAGCUUGAACUCUUGGAAGCUAAAGCAGAACUUGAAAGAAAGCUUUCAGAGAAAGAUGAAGAAAUAGAAAAUUUUAGGAGGAAGCAGCAGUGUACCAUUGACUCCCUGCAGUCUAGUCUGGAUUCUGAAGCUAAGAGCAGAAUUGAGGUUACCCGGCUGAAGAAGAAGAUGGAAGAGGACCUCAAUGAGAUGGAACUCCAGCUUAGCUGUGCCAACCGGCAGGUGUCAGAGGCAACCAAAUCCCAGGGCCAGCUUCAGAUUCAAAUCAAGGACCUUCAAAUGCAGCUGGAUGACAGCACACAACUGAACAGUGAUCUGAAGGAGCAGGUGGCUGUGGCUGAGCGGCGCAACUCUCUUCUUCAGUCUGAACUAGAGGAUCUAAGGUCCCUGCAAGAGCAGACAGAGCGUGGCCGCAGGCUGUCAGAAGAAGAGCUCCUGGAAGCAACAGAAAGAAUCAAUCUUUUCUAUACCCAGAACACAAGCCUCCUCAGCCAGAAGAAGAAACUGGAGGCUGAUGUUGCCCAGAUGCAGAAAGAAGCUGAAGAGGUGGUGCAGGAGUGUCAAAAUGCAGAAGAGAAGGCCAAGAAGGCAGCCAUUGAGGCAGCAAACUUGUCAGAAGAACUGAAGAAGAAGCAAGAUACCAUUGCCCACUUGGAAAGGACAAGAGAAAAUAUGGAGCAGACAAUUACAGACUUACAGAAAAGGCUGGCUGAAGCUGAACAGAUGGCCCUGAUGGGGAGUAGAAAGCAAAUCCAGAAACUAGAAUCCAGGGUUCGUGAACUGGAAGGUGAACUGGAGGGUGAAAUCCGUCGCAGUGCAGAGGCCCAGAGGGGAGCCCGCAGACUUGAGCGAUGCAUCAAAGAGCUGACCUAUCAGGCAGAGGAAGACAAGAAGAAUCUGAGCAGGAUGCAAACUCAGAUGGAUAAACUUCAGCUAAAAGUGCAAAAUUACAAGCAGCAAGUCGAGGUGGCGGAAACACAAGCCAAUCAAUACCUUUCCAAGUAUAAGAAACAGCAACAUGAGUUGAAUGAAGUGAAGGAGAGGGCAGAGGUGGCAGAAUCUCAAGUCAAUAAACUCAAAAUUAAAGCAAGAGAGUUUGGGAAAAAGGUUCAAGAAGAAUAGCAUCCCCUGCUUUGAAAGGACAACAGCUGGAGAAGUACAAGGAAGGUGCUGUUUCAUGGCCAAAAACUUAGGUUUCAUGGAAACAUUUUUUAAAACAUGUUUAAAUUGCUUUUCACACCAUAUAAACAAGGCAAUUAGAAAAAUAAUUAAAGGGAAUAUCAUUGCUUCCACAGUUAAUGGGGAUUUUUUGAUCCUCAAAUGCAAGUAAACUACCUUCUAAUGCUUCACAUGACAGAUUAAAUAAAUGGAAGAACCUUUUCAAUUCUGAUGUUUAAAAAAUGAAUAAAUACUUGAUCCUUUGUCCAUAUUUCCUCUUAAUGGGUAGGACUCAUAGAAGAUGUCCUUAGACCAAUCACGCUUCAUGGGGACUAGGGCAUGUUGGUGAAUGGUUUUUACUAAAGUUAGGCAACUUUGGCUUGAUUCAACCCUAAAUCUAUGAAUGUAUAUUGUGAGCCAGCAGUGGUAGAAUGGAAGUCAUAAGAUCUCCUCAGCAUUGUGAUAUAAAUAUAGCCAUAGUUAGGCAAUUUGAACAUGUAGGCAAAACUCUCCUAAUCAACACACAUGUAGGCUAUAUGCUGGUACAUGCUUUAAACAUGGAGGUAACCCCACACAAGACAUUCAGUGACAGGUGAUAUGCUGGAUUUGUGCAGUACCGAUUUGGCUCAGCUGGAGGAACAUGUCCCGGAAUUCCUCUCUCUCAUGGUUCUGGAUUGGAGUAGGUCAUAAAGAAAUUUGCAUUAAUUUGAUCAGCAGCUAUUUUAUGCUCAUAAGGUCAGUGUACAGACCCAAGCAUGGUGACGGCUUGAAAAUAUGACUCCAGGCCAAAAAGGGGAGCUAGAAGAGACCAGAGACAGCUCCCUGGACCCAGAGCUCUUCCAGCUCCUGCCAGCCUCCUCCUUCAGCUUUGCAAAGUACUGGCCAGGUGUGUGUGUGCAGCUCCAUGGCAACCAGCAUCAGCUUUUCCUGAGAUCACACACAGCAUUGCAGUGGAGGCUGUGAGACAGACAUGGGUUCUGUUUGUUCUUAUGGACUUCCCUUCAUCCUUGCUACAUGCAGAGUCGACGUACAGUGACUUCAGGCCCAGAACCAGAUGCAGAGGGAACAGCCUGGCCUAGACUUCUCCACCAGCACCCACAAUUGUGUAAGGCUGAAGCUCUAUAAUAAAUCUUUAUUCUGUCAUUCUCUGGUUCUGCCUCCCUGAUCCAACCCUGACUCAUAUGGGUAGCUUGAAGAUUAAUUCAGGGACUCAGUGGUAUCAGAGGACCCAGGUUCAUUCUUGUCGGAAUAUCUUGUCGCCGUAAGAGGACUUCAGCAGUCCUGAGCAUUUUCUCCCCAUACGAUAACCUGUCUCUUCUUAAAAUGGAGAAACACUUUCCCAGAAACAGACCUCUGGAAUAAUUUUCCUCAUACCCUAGUGAGCAGAUUUCUUUACCUGCUUAUGCUGAACCAGUCUAGUGGCAAGAGGACUGCAAUUGUCAGGGUUGGCUCAGACAGAUCAAGGUGGAUGCUCUUGAAAAAUCAGGGUACCAUUUUGAGCAAGGUGAACCAAAUUUGAGUUUUGUGGUUGGCGGAGAGGGAUGCACAGCCACAGAGUGAACUAGCAGGUAUGUGUGUCGGGCUGUAUCCAAAGCAGUCGCUCCUUCUUACCAUCAGUCUCAACGCAAUGAGAAAACAACAUGAAACAUUUAACAUGGAACUUUUCUAGGGGUUUUUUUUUUCCUGGAAUAGUAAUUUUUUAAAACUUCAGUAAAAAAUAAGUUUGGAAUUAUCCUUUAAUAAGCCAAUGUUUAUAUUCAGGAAACAUCUCUAUAUCCCAAACCUUUUCUUAGAAAUUUGCUGUUGUCAUAUUACCAGUCCUGAAGUCAGGAUGCUAUUGUUUCUCCACACCCCAGGCACAUAAUCAGUAAAGUCAAACUUCAGCUUGGGGAUGCAUCCAGUUUUGUUAUUAAGUAUCAUAUUCUCUCACUAGGACACAAUUUUUAAAAAGGAACCAAGGCUAGGGGGAAGCAGAGAUGGUAGACACUUAAAUAUUAUCUCAAUGGAGUUUUUCUUCACAGUGGAAUUUUUUUAAAAGAUAUCUAAAAGUUAUAUUUAUUUUUUUUUAAAAAAUUUACUAAGUUCUGGGAUACACGUGCAGAACAUGCAGGUUUGUUACAUAGGUAUAUGUGUGCCAUGGUGGUUUGCUGUACCUAUUGAACCGUCCUCUAGGUUCCCUCCCCCGCCCCCCACCCUGCAACAGGCCCUGGUGUGUGUUGUUCCCCUCCCUGUGUCCAUGUGUUCUCAUUGUUCAGCUCCCACUUAUGAGUGAGAACAUGUGGUUUGGUUUUCUGUUCCUGUGUUAGUUUGCUGAUAAUGAUGGCUUCCAGCUUCAUCCAUGUCCAUGCAAAGGACAUGAUCUCAUUCCUUUUCAUGGCUGCAUAGUAUUCCAUGGUGUUUGUAUCACAUUUUCUUUAUCCAGUCUACCAUUGAUGGGUAUUCGGGUUGGUUCCAUGUCUUUACUAUUGUAAAUAGUGCAAUAAACAUACGUGUGCAUGUGUCUUUA